AUGAAGUCUCCCUUCUCACUCCUUUCUGCCCUCAGCCUUGCCCUAGGGCAGGCAGCAGCCUAUCUCAUUACCCCAGACGGCACUCCCUCCCCAGACAGCACCGAAGAUUGCAGCUAUUGGGUUGCGUACAUCAAUAUGCCACCUGUGAGUUGUGAGAGGGUCUAUGGUAUCACUGCGGCGGAGUUGGGUAAGACGAACACUGGUUGA